UUUGUUUGGUGGAGAAAAUGAAGAUGGGUAUUCAAUUUCUGAUGCUUUUGGCCUGCUUGGCUACUUCUUCUAUGGCUCAGGCUCCUGGCGCUGCUCCCGCUCAGCCGCCCACCACCCCGGCUGUUCCGCCCCCGUCUACUCCUCCUCCAGCUGCCUCCCCACCUCCCGCCACCCCUCCUUCAGCAACCCCACCAUCAUCCCCACCGAGCCAACCACCAGCCACACCUCCUACAUCUCCAGCACCGACCUCCUCUCCAACUGCGCCACCAAAGGAGGGUCCAGCCUCAUCUCCAUCUCCAUCCACCGCGUCUCCACCAUCACCACCAACGGAAGGAAACGUCCCCUCCGGCGCGCCUGGACCCAACGCUCCCCCACCCCCAGAAGAUAAUGGCGCAGUCUCCAUUAGCCGGGUGGCGAUGGUUGGCAGUGCUGUGAGCGGAGUUUUGUUGGCAAUGGUGUUCGCUUAGAGACAGAUUUGUUAAGGGAAUCAGGAUUGUGGUAGCUGGAAUGGAUCAGAUCCAUUUUGGUGUUUGUUUAAUAUUUCUGUAGCGCUUUUUUAUUAUUUGUAACAUCUUUCCUUUUGUGCAUGUUUGUGCGUUGGAGUUUUAUUAUUAUUGUUUCUUUUGGUCAUUCAUUAUUUAUAAAUGUUUGGGACACAAUUAUUGUCGUGUACAUCGGAUUAUGAAUAAAAUUACAUUUCUGGAGUA